GGCAUCUUAUUGAGAGCGGAAAGGGAUGAGGUCCCGAGGGGGACAUCGGCAUUGGGGUCUGUCCAGUCAGCUUGCUGGAAAGGGACAUGUGCAGGUCCCUCGGCGGAUGGCUCAGUGAGCACCCUCCGGAUGUGCCAAACAGUCGGUGGUUGGCGGUUCGGAGUCCCGUUUGCACUCUUAUAGGGGACUGCGUGCUUAGCAGCCCCCUUGCAGUCGACGAAGGCGACGUUCCGGGCGCGGGUAACCUUUUUAAGGUUCAUCGUGACGGGGAUAGAUUGUUGUAAUUAUCGAUCUUGAACGAGGAAUGCCUAGUAAGCGCGAGUCAUCAGCUCGCGCUGAUUACGUCCCUGCCCUUUGUACACACCGCCCGUCGCUCCUACCGAUUGAAUGGUCCGGUGAAGUGUCUGGAUUGCGGUGAUCUCGGCGGUUUGCCGCUGGGGGUGCUGUGAGAAGUUCAUUGAACCUUAUCAUUUAGAGGAAGGAGAAGUCGUAACAAGGUUUCCRUAGGUGAACCUGCGGAAGGAUCAUUGACACGUGAAUGGCCGAUCUUCGGGGUGUGGGACGCUGGCUUGCUCGCCCUUUCGCCGCCCUUUGGCCCCAUCCUCCCUGUAUCCGCUUUUCUCUUUCGUUUCAACACCAUCUUGGGCUUAGUGCCCAGCUGGCAGCUGGCCCGGCGCAGAGGGGCGCGUGGUGUAGGUUGAGGGUGGGGGGAGUGGGCAGGGUCCGGGGCCUCGUGGCGUUGCUCCCCCUUCAUCCCGUCUCGCCUCCGCAGGUUGUUACCUCGGCCCAGCGCCACUCUCGACUUCUGGUCGGGAUGGCGGUUGGUCCGGGCACGGACAGCCCUGUGGGAGGGUCGGGGGCGCGAUGUCAGGUGGUGGCGGCUGUCCUCGGCCUGCGUACCCCCACUCCUUUCCGUCUCAGCUUUGUCCAGACCUCCUUUCCAUCUCGGCCUCAACCUCGGCUUCGUGCGGAACUUUCUCUUGAGAGGCAACCUCUGCAGCGGGCCGUGUGCAAGUUCUUGGAAGGGGACGCCGAAGAGGGUGACAGCCCCGUCGACCGCYGGACCCUGCUGCGCAACGAGGUGUUGUCCAAGAGUCGGGUUGCUUGGGAAUGCAACACCAAUUGGGUGAAUAAGUGGGAGCCUUACGGCGCAAGUGAAAUACCACUACUUUUAACGUUAUUUUACUUAUUUCGUGAGGUGGAGCCGGGGCUCUGCCCUGCUUCUCGAUCCAAGGUGCAGGCCCUCGUGGCCUGUCCGAUCCAAGCGAAAGACAUUGUCAGCACUGUUGCCUGGAUAGACCGCCUAGCGGCUCUUAUUGUUCCAUUGGAGAUCGGCCGGCGAGGAGGUCUCUAUAGCAUAGCCACGGUGGCCAUUGCUCGGUGGUUGUCUCACCGGGAGCGCAGGCGCGUGCAAGCGGAGAUCCGGAGGAUCGAGAACCACAUUCGGAGUGACAAGAACUGGCUACUAGCCUUUGGCCCGCAAGGGAGGACGCCGGCGCACGCGCGACGCCAGAGUGGCGGCAACCGCAGUGGGGAGGGAAGCACGACCGACGAAGUGGUGACGGCAGGUGGGGAGGGACUUCAGGCGAACCACCUCCAGGCUGGCCCAUCACAAGGACAUCGCACGGACUGGCAAAUUAUGAAGGCGGUUAGGAGAGCGGCCCUAACGCGCUCCUUCGUUACGGACCCGACAGCGGAUGCCAAGACUGCGGAUGGCGAGCUCAUCCUUCAGGUGGAGGAGAAGAUGGCGAUUGCACAAAUUACAUACAUGCGUGCUCAUAUCAUCAUCAUGCGCUUCGAGGGCCCUCUGAAAGACCUGGCACCGCAAGCCAAGCAUUGGAUACGGUGCUGGGAGUUCGAGAACUGGCCCGAGAAAGGCCAGGCCUCGUACAAAGGCCGGGCGACGGUGGAGGGAGGGGUGCUGGUCUUCUAUUGGGCCCCCACGGCUGCACUACGAGACUGGCUGCUUCACGAGCGGGGGAGUGAGGGUAUCAGACUGGGCGACCGCACAUACCUUGUUAGGUUCACAUCAUGGAAGUCGCCAGUGGAGGUGGAGUGGGAGAGAUUGCAAGAGCGGAAGGCGCGGCCAUGGGUGCGAUUUGUGCAACCUCCUCCCAUGGCGGUGCUAAUGCUCCGGCAGCAGGCGGAAUCGUUCUUUGGGGAGGUCAGGAAUCCUGAGGGCACGUGGGCGAUUGACGGCGAUGGCAGAGAGGCGAUCAGAUUUGACCUCUACCCCCCACUCCGCUCGCAGGGGUUGGAGCGCUUGGCUGUGGCGCAAGCGUACUACGGCCGACCGGAGCACUGGGAAUACUGGGCCAAGCUGCGAUCCCCCUCCCAGCCAACUUUGUCAUGGUUAACGGAGGGCACAACAGCCCUCCUCAGACUGCUUAAGGCCCGUGCCGCGGCAUCUAAAUGUGCCCGGAGACGCACUGCCGACGAAUUUGCCCAAAGGGCACUCGAUCUUGGAGACGGACCCGACACUCAGGAGGAAGAGGAUGAGUGGUGGGCUCAAUGGGCUGCCUUGAAAGCCCCAUGGGAGGAAUGGCAGAUUACGGACACUGACCUGUGGGGCUCUAGGAAUAAAGCCAAUUGGACGGUAGCCGCCGAGUGGAUGUCCAAGACCUUCUUUGCCCAGCUGCGCGCAGACAGACCGGCCUCAUUGAUGCUGAAUAUUAAUCACCCCUUUGAUGACUCCAAGCCAAUAGCGGACUCCACGCAGACGAUUCUGCAAUAUGUAGAGGAGUAUUAUAGGUAUCUGUUCUCUGAGGAGCAAACAGUGGGAGCACAGGACCCCCCGGAGACCCUUGAGCACUUUGUUUGGAACAAAGUCACUAAGACGGUGUCAGCACAAGACAGUCAAAGGCUGGACGAACCGAUCACGGCGCAAGAGUUAGCAGCGGCCCUAGCCGACAUGCCCGCUGCAAAGGCACCGGGCCCCGAUGGAAUGCCUGUGGAACAUCUCAAACUGUGUUUUGAGAUCCUCGGCCCACACCUGCUACAGGGCUUUAAUGCGGUAUGGGCGACUGAAGAUCCCCUUCCACCGGAUUUUGCCUUGGCCACAGUGAUUCUAAUACAUAAGAAAGGCCCCCUUAGUGAUAUCCGGAAUUGGCGGCCCAUCACACUACUUUCGGCCCCAUACAAACUGUUCGCCAAAGUUAUGGCCAACCGCCUAGCCACACUGCUUCCGCAGAUAGUGGAUGAGACGGAAACGGGGUUUAUCCCCGGCCGCCGCAUCAUCACUAGCGUCCUCUUGGCGCGGCAAGUGCUAUGGCAGGCUCAGCACUCGCAACCCUCUCUGGCUUUUGUAAUGCUGGACUUCGAGAAGGUAUACGGUAGGGUCUCAUGGCCCUUUUUAUGGCAAGGACUCUUGAGGAGAGGGCUUGGCCGCCAAUUUGUUAAUAUGAUCAUUUCACUUUUUAGUGUGACAGAGUCUAGGCUAUUAAUUAAUGGCUUCCUCACGCAGAGAAUUGGAGUUACGCGUUCGGUUCGGCAGGGCUGCCCACUUUCCCUGGCGCUGUACGCGCUAUUUAUUGAGCAUCUUCAUGAUAUGCUGCGCGCCGACAGUGAUUUGAUAGGCCUCCCCCUCCCGCAUGGCAAGCAACUUAAAAGCUCGGCUUUCGCAGAUGACACCGGAGCAAUCACUGCCCUCACACCCACCAGCGUGAGGGCACUUACCACUCAGAUCGAACACUUUGAGCGCUAUGCCGGUGCAAAGUUGAACUGGCAUAAGUCGGUGGCGCUGGUCCCCGCGUAGCUAUGUAGCAGGCUGAGGUCUCGUUCGUUAACGGAAUUAACCAGACAAAUCACUCCACCAACUAAGAACGGCCAUGCACCACCACCCAUAGAAUCAAGAAAGAGCUCUCAAUCUGUCAAUCCUUGCUAUGUCUGGACCUGGUGAGUUUCCCCGUGUUGAGUCAAAUUAAGCCGCAGGCUCCACGCCUGGUGGUGCCCUCCUGUCAAUUCCUUUAAGUUUYAGCYYUGCGACCAUACUYCCMMCSGAACCCGUAAACUUUGAUU